GCGCACCUUCCCCAGGCGACUGCACGGACAGGAAGUCAGGAAAACAGGAGAAAUAUCGGAGAGAGGAAAACGUUACAAUAGAGUUAAUGAAAAAUGAGCCGAAUUUAUCACAACACGUCUUUACAGAACAAGCCAGUACACAAUGAGAAAUUUGACCGCGAGUGGUCUCCCUCCACAUAUGAAAGCGGCCAGGGGGUUCUACUAGAAGGAAAGCUGCUGGAUGUUUCCAGACAUGCAAUCAGUGAUGUCAAAAAUCAAAAGGUCCGUUUCUAUGUGCUGUACAUAAAACCCAGCCGCAUCCAUCAGAGGAUGUUUGAUGCCAGGGGCAACGAAAUUGAACCAAACUUCAGUAACACCAAAAAGGUCAACACUGGCUUCCUCAUGUCAUCCUACAGGGUUGAAGCUAAAGGGGAGUCAGACCGUCUGUCUGAGGAGCAGUUGUCAGUGAUAGUGAACAAACCCGAGCUGGUGAAAAUAACUGACAAGCACCAACCCAGCGGUACCUGGGCCUUCUGGUACCCAGAGUCAGAGAUGGACAAAAUAGAGCUGGAAACAGGACAGGACGUACGACUUAAGACCACAGGAAACAGUCCUUUCAUAUUCUCCUUAGCCAAAGUGGACAGCGGCACUGUGACCAAGUGUAACUUUGCUGGAGAUGAAAAGGCUGGAGCAUCGUGGACAGACAAGAUCAUGGCCAACAAAACAGACACAGGCAGUGCUCAAAAACCUGGAGGAGAGGGAGAGGGAGCAGAGGAGGAUGAAUGGGAUGAGUGAGGAAACCAUCUCUCCCGUCAGCCUGAACUCACGGCCCUGCUCCAGCCUCUACGUUGAACUGCUUCAACUUAGCUCCAUUCCUGUUUCUCUGUCUUUGGAUUGGACUCCCAUUUUUCACUUGAGUAUUGAACCUCUUACAUAUGUGGCCUUGGGGCUUGAACCUUGCAUAACCUUUACAGUAUGGGACAAGACUCCUCCAGCUCCACAGUGUGUAUCUGGCUUUCAGCUGUGAUGCACCCUGUCUUUGUAUACUGUAUACUCUAAGCUUCAUGUAGACAGGAUUCAGUUUUCUAAUGCAGAUUUGGGUGUCUUUAAUAUUGCAUCUACUGAUCUGUGGUCAUAUAUGCACUUCCCCUCCAUACCCUGGUAUUAAAUAUUGUCUCAAAUACUAAUUGUUUUUCAGCAUACUCAGUCCCUCCAUGCUGCAAAGUUUUGUCCUAGAGAGACAGGCUGUAUUUUAGGUGUGUGUCUGAGUUCUUUUCACUCAGACAGCUGUAUUUCCUUGUAUCAGCUCAGUACACUGUGAGAGCUGUGCAAAAAUUAGUUAAAAUUAGUUUAAGACUACAAUGAAAUAUGCAAUUUAAUGUUGAUAAUAUAUUCUAAAACUAGAUCAUUUCAUAAGCCAGGUAGUGGCAAAGUGGGUCAUGUGAUUGUCCCACACAAUAAUGUCUUUUUAAAAAAAAGCAAACAAAGUGAAGAGCUCCUGUAAUUUUCCAGUAGCAAAAAUAGCAUCUGAAAUAAUGUCUUCAUGUACUGAGAUUAGAGCGAAUAUUUUAUCAGCCCUGCAUUUCCCUGUAAUACUGAUUCAGUGUGAAUGGGACUUCAGACUGUUUAAUGGAGUAAUCACUGAUUCUGUGUCAUAAUCUAAUAUCCUGGACAACUCCCUGACAGACACAAAUAAAGGAUGAUAUGUCUAUCUAAAAAUAACAAUGCAGGGCUUAUUGCUGCUCAAAACAUCUGAAAACUUGGCUUCAAAUAUUUAGUCCAUUUGUAUUCCUCCAUAACGUCUGUUUUCAUGACUCUAUGAAAGUAAAAGUUUUUAAAAACUCCGGACUGUGGUGGAGUUUUCCAUUUUAUAUUGCUAUCAGCCUAAUUGCUUUCAGUCUUUUAAGAGUUAUAAUCUACAGAAGACUUCACACACCACAUCAUGAAAACAGCAUUAAAAGCAGCUGUUACUUUAAAAGCACCUCUGGCUAUUGGAUGUGCAUUUCAUGUUCACUCAACAAAUAAUACUCGUGUCAACAGAUGCAUUCAGAUGCAAUAUAAAGCAAAAUUUUGAGGCAAUUUAAGGAAUGCAUACAAAGUCUAUAGAAAGACUGAUAUGUAGGCAAACAGACACAGAUUAAUUCUUGGUGGAGUGAGUUAUUAUGAAGACAUGUCAUAUGACUAUAUAAAGCAGUGGGAUUUUUAACUUUCAAUCCAAACGUUAGUGACACAACUUGAAUUUCAAGUAAGAACAGUCCAGGAAUAACCUAAGUUCCUUUGCACAUGGUGAUGAUGCUCAGCCAUAGCUAUGAUCAUUUGGCACAUUUAUAUCCAUACACCUUCCCAAUCUUCUCAGUCGAGGGACACGGUCAUUGGAUGUUUUUGGAGAAUAACAAGCUGAAGAACAAUCCAGUGAACAGUUAUGUAUACACACAAAAAGCAAGGUAUUCAUUUGUCCUUCAUUGUAUCCAAACACACCUCAAAGGUAUUAUAGUGGUGACAUGAACAAUACUGUAUUACCGUUAUCAUUAUCAUAGUCAUGUUUUUAUUAUAAAUCACAAAGUCAGUAAAUACAACAUGUACAAUUUGAUAUAAUAGAUUAAAGGUCUCAUGUUUAA